GCUGUUCAACCCGUGUACAUGAUGCGCCAUGCAAAGUAUAAGAACCCCACAAUACCACCGAGCGCCAAAUGCGCCAAACAGAGCAUGACCGAUGCAGAUGAUCUCCAGCUCCAGCCACGUGGCUGGAAACAAAUCAAGGAGAGAGAGAGGUAUUGUUAA